CUUUCCUCUGUUUACAGUCACAUUUGAAGAAGGCAUUCAAAUUUAUUUUAAGCUUGGAAAGUGUUAGUUACUGCAAGUUUGUACAAAACUAUACUAGAUGUCAGAUUUUUCACCUGAUAUGAUAAAAGAAAAAAACAGGGAAAAGAAAAAAAAUGGAGGCAAUGGUAAUAAUGGAUUUGACAGUAACGGUGCAGGUGGUAAAAAUAUGAUCGAAAAUAGGACUGAACAAAAGAAAGAAACUACAGAAAAACCACCUGAUGUUAAGGAAGAACCUGAAGAAACGGAAAUACCUGAAAAUAUUAGUUCGAAUAACUCUCCUCUUGAUGACAAAUCUCCAUCAGCACAACAGCCUGAUAAAGAUGUUCCUUCUAUUAUCUCAAAUCCUAGUUCCUGUAAAGCAGUGAAAUCUGAAAAUGGAGAAAAUACAGAUUCAAGUUUCAGGAAUGAUUCUUGUGAAAAUGUGCUUCCUAUAAGUCUACCAUCAGAACCUUCUUUACAUGAGGGAGUUCAACCACUUCCAAGUAACGUAGUAAAUAAGCAGCCAGUGACUAUGGAAGCUCAAUACAUGCAGCAACAAAGUCAGAUAUUUGUAUUUUCCACUAAUCUUGCUAAUAAAGCUGCUGAAGCUGUUCUUCAAGGACAGUAUGCUUCAAUUAUUUCUUAUCAUUGUGCUCAACCCAGAACGAAAAAAUAUCUAGAAGGUACUACUCAGCCUAAUCAAAUUUUACAAAAUUCUUGUAAUACAAACCUCAAUGUUGAACAGAAUUCUGGAAAAGGUCCAAUUACUAAUCAUCCCAAUAUGAUGAAUUCGCAUACAAAUUCUUUAUUAAAUGAGGCUAUUAUGCCAUUGGGGGAACUCAAUCAAGAUAUAGGCAUCACGCCUCCUCAACCACUUGCUGGGGUGAAAGUUCCUGAUGAAAAUUUAACUCCUCAGCAGCGACAGCACCGUGAAGAGCAGCUGGCCACUCUGCGGAAAAUGCAACAGAUACUGUUUCCAGAAGCUCUGCCAGGACAUGAAGAGGGUUCAAAUAGUGGAGCACAUGUGGAAGAAAAUGCAAUAUCUGAAACAUUAGAUAUUAAUAAAACUCCAUCAAGCCAGUCUGAGUGGCAUAAAUUACAAAUGCAAUUUUAUGAAGAUCAGAAAACAAGAAAAAGAACUAAUGGGCCACCUCCAAGUUAUCAGCAGGCUACUCGUUCCGCAAGUGUUCCGAUUGCUCUUCAAAGUCCUAACCCCAGCUCUCCUAAUAACACAACUUCGAAUCUUUCUCUCCCUUCUCCUAGAACAUGUUCAGGUAUCAAUUCUCCGGCUGACAAGGUUUCAAGAGUCCCUGGUCCUAGUCCUACUAUGGAGUCACCAAACCCUGCCCGGAAUACCAAUUCGAAUCCCCCCACACCUGUUUCAAGUCAUUUGUCUCCAAAGCAUAAAGAUAAAUUAAAUACCACCAAUGAAUUUUCACCAUCCAGCACUGUUUCUGCCCAGAAUUCACAGCAAUCUCCUGUUGAUUCUAUUUAUUGUCGGCCUGUUCAGUCUAUUGGUCAGCAAAAGCAGACUUCAAACAAUUCGAAAGAACCCAAUUUAAUGCCUGUACCAUCACCACAGCAAAUUCAAUACUUAAGUACUUUUGAAGGACAGGAAUUAACAAUCCAGAAGCAGCCUAAUACAAGUCUUAAAGAUGCUGCUGCUCGUAAAUCCCCGGGGUUACAGCAGGCAGCUUUGGAUAGUGUAAUGUCUAAUAACCCAAACAAAAAUGCAGAUGUAAAUAAUAAAGUAGCUGGGUCGCCAGCUCCUUCUACACCAGACAUUACCCGUAAUUAUCCUCCUGAUUUGAAUUCUGGAGAAACAACACCAGAUCCCUCUAAUAAUCAGUCUCAAAGGAAAAUUGAUGUGCCAUUUUGCAAUAGUCCUCAAACUAAUGAGCGUUGUCACAUAAAUAUGCAAACUGCUUUUAUGCAAAAGUGUCCUAAUUUUGUAGAUAAUACUGGACCUAAAUGUGCAAAUUCUUCAGAAAAAGAAAUGUCCGCUGGUAAUUUUCAGUGUAUUGGACCUGAUAAUGUUCCAUUAAAUCCUAACCGGAUCAUUGCAACAACUGCAAGUAAAACAUCUCAUUUUGACCCAAUUAGUUCUCUUGCCCAAAUGAGUCAACAAUUAACUAAUAAUGUUCCAAACUCUCCUGUUAAUCAGCAAUCAAUGAUGCAAAAUAUGCACCAAAAUAUGCCACCUUUCAGUUCACCUAAUUCAAAUCAACAUUUAUUAAUGAGUGAUAUUCAUCAUAUACCUAAUGCUGCUCCUGAUCACAGAAUGCAAAAUCAAAUGCAGCCUCAUUUUAAUACUAAUAGGCCCCAAUGUAAUAAUACAGUAUCUCCUGGUAUGUCUGUUUCUCCAAAAAUGAUGCAAGGAUAUGUCCCUCAGCGUCCUAUACCUCGUGGCAUUGGCUAUAAUGGAGCUAGUAUUCAGGUUAAACCUAAUGCUCCCAAUACUAUACAGUACCUUCCAUCAAGGCCACAGACGUCCUCUGUUCCUAGGGGACCUCCGAGCCUUGAAUUUUUACAAAGGUUUUCUAAUCCUCUUUCCAACUUAGAUUCCAAAUUGCCUUCACAUAAUUUGCAAUAUUAUCCCAAUAGUUAUCCCCAAAAUAAUAUGAAUGAUAUGGGUAUGUGUUCACCACAUGGGGGUAUAAGGGGCCCUAUUCGUACUCCAAACCCAGGAAUGAUGAGAUUACAAUCCCCCCAGAUGGGUUUUAACAAUGCUGAAAAUUUUCAAAAUUCCAACUGUCAGUUAUUUGGAGCGUCACCAAAGGGUUCCACAUUAGGUUUAGCACCGGAUGCUAGUCAGCCUUUGCCACCAUCUAUGGGUCAAAACAAUAAUUUCAAAAACUCUACUUUCAUUGGUCCUACCACUGCUGAUCCUAAUUAUGCACAGCAAUUUCAUAAUUUUCAGCAGCAGCUUUAUGCUACGAAUACAAGGGGACAGUUAACUUCACAAAAUAUGGGAGCAAAUCAACAUUAUUUCAUUCCUAAAUAACAUUUGCAAUGUUUAUUUUGUCAAGACUUAUUGUGAUUUAAUCUUAAGAAAAUUGUAUAUUUUUAUUAUUAUAUUGCGCUGCAACUUAUCGCGGAUCUUGGUAUCCUCAUAUGUGUAUCAUAUAAAGUAUUUAAGCAACGAAUGUUAGUGUUGUUAGCAUCAAAUCUUCUGGUUUCCAAGCCAUAUUAUUGUUUGUUGUUUAUAUUGCCAUGACAAGUUUUUCUAUCUAUAUUGUUUGUUUUUUAUUUAUUUAUUUUUAAUGUUAAAUGUAGAUUGAUACUUAAAUCUAUUUUAAGUUUUAUUUGUUAAUUACUACUAUUUUCAUGGUACAUGAUAUUAUGUUUGUUUAAUGUUUAUGUCUUAUUUUGUUGUUUGACUUUGUCAUUAGUGUAAUGAUUAUAGUUGGGAAUUAAAAUGAAGAAAUUUUAUUAUGUCAAGAGCAUUCUUGAUUUGUUUUUUUGCUAAUUUAGUGUAAGGGAUACAGUUACUAUGGCAUUGUUCUUGAAUGUUGAACUAAAUGAAGGUAAUAAUGUGAUUGGUUUAUUAUUUUUGUUUAUUGAUUGAAGAUAUUUAUUAAUAUCUACAUUUUUUCUCUUGAUUAUUAUUGUUUUUGUUGUUUUAAUUAAAUGUCUGUUUAAUAAUGUUUGAGCUUAAGUAUUCAUGAUGUUUUGUGUUAUAUUUAAUUUUUAGUCUUAAAACACUAAUGGCUAAUUAGAAUUAAUUAAAACUGGGUUUUGAUUUAUAUUAAUUUAUUUUUUGCAAGAGUGAAAUUAAUUAAGUAAUAUAGCGAUAUUUCAUGGUUUAAGACUUAUUAACUGAAAAACAUAAAACUGUUUAAGGAAUCAGUCGAAUUAUUUUUAAAUGCUCUUCUAAUAGUUCAAUGUUCAAAUUGAAGAUAAUUAAGCAGUAGAAUUCUGAUUUCCUAAGUAAACAAUUGUGGUUCUGUCCACAAAAAAUAAGUGAGCUUUCACACGGUGGGAACUGUUCUUUAGCUGAUGCUUUAAGUCCACACAAUCCUUAUGGAAAAAGAACUAUAAAUAAGGGUUAAAUCAGAGGGUCUUAACCGCACUAUCUCUUAAAUUUUUGUUUUCUGUUUAGUUUGUCUAUCACUAGAUAUGGUUGUUCAGUGUAUAAACUGAUUUCAUGGAUGAGUCAUGUGAAAAAAAAUGAUAACGUAGCUUGCACUAGCAACUUUAAAUUUCUGAGGAGCAGGAUUUUUUUUUUUUUUUUUUUACUACUUUACUUUCUCCACUUCUCAGUUUAUGAAUCAUCAUUUGCUUUAAAAAUUCUCUGUUUUGCAAAUGAACAUGUUUUAAUUUAUUUUUAAAAUCAACAGUAGUGAAAUGUUUCACGAUUUUAAAAAAUACUUAGGAUUAAUCUAACUCCUUCCUCCAGGCAGACCAAUAUCACACUAUAUUAAAAUUGUAAUUGAUUUUCAUAAAAAAAAAAUAAAAAAAAAAACUCUUAACCUAAAUUAACAACUAAUUCCGCACUGUGUCAAAAUCAGAAUUUAUUUUCUUCAAAGUUGGUGUUUGUGAAAUUAAUGCAUUAAUAUUAGAUACAUGUUCUUAAUUAUGUUAAAUUUGAAACAAUUUAGUUCUGAUAAAAAUUUUAAUAAACAUUUUUUAAAAAAAAUGUAUUUUAAAAUUUUAUGGGAAACAUGUGGGGUGCUUGGAAGCCUAUCAAGUUGGGAGCUGCCUGUGCUAAAAUAUAUUGUUUCAAAUCCUGGUUCUCAAAAUUUUCUUUGGGUAAAAGAUUAGUGGGCUGUAUCAAACUGGGGAUCUUGAGUUGAUUUGAUUGACUUGUCUUAUAUGAGAUCCUGGACAGGCCAUGGCUUGGUGCUAAAAUAAAUCAUGAUUUAAAUCGGGUGGUGGAGCACCAUAUUGACCAUACUGUUUGCCAAAAAAAAAUUUUACAUAACAUGUCUUACCUAUAAAUGAUAAAAUGUUAAUUAAAUUAUUCAAAACAGCCACCUCUGGCCCUUACUUAGUCAAGUUUGUAAUCUCCAAGUACAAACUUCUACUUAUGGAAAAUUGUAUUCUGCUUUCACUAGGAUAUAUUUUAGGCUCUCCAAACUAGUGUGUCCCCUGUGGUGACCAAUGAACUCCCGAUGUGAUGAAAUUGGUGAGUACAUUGGUCAAAAAUAGACUCCCACUGGGCCAAUCUGAAGUCUUGAUGAAAUCCGACUUUCAUUGAGUUGAUUGAUUCUGAUGUUGAGGAGCUUUUAACAAUGAUUUUAACUUCUUUUUUUUUUUUUUACCAUUACAGUGUAUGGCGCCCAAACCAUCACUGAGCUUGCAUGGUGCUCUUCUCUUAUUCAACUGAAAUGAAUUUUGAAUUUUAUUUUAGGAAUUAAUAUCCUUUUGAAAGCAGUUGACAAUUUUAAAAAAUAAUUGCUUUGCUGCAAUAGGCUCUGAGUCCUGCAACCAAAAGGCCUGGUUACAGGCAAGAAGCAUUUUUAAUAAUUUAUUUUUAAUUUAAUCAUUAAUAUGUAAGACAUGUCCAAUAAGUAUAUUUCCAUAUCAAAAUUCAAACUAUUUGAUUUUUACUGUAUAAAACUUAAAGGCAAGACUACAUAUAUAUAUACACACAUUUUUAAAAAUCAAAACUCAAUUUACUAUAUAUUAUUUUACAGUGUUUUAUUUAUUAGCUUUGUUAUAAAUAUUUAUUUUUAUGACUAACAACAUUUGCUUUUAGUUCAGUACAAUAACCUUUAUUUGAAAAAAAAUUAAUGACAAGUUGAAUUUUAGAAUAAUUCAAAUAACACACUGUAAUAGUUUUAGAGUUUAUCCUUUCAGUAUUAUUCAAUUCCCA